GUGAGGAACGGAUCCCGAGUCACAACCUCUGACUUGACAAGCUUAUAGACAGUGAAGCAAAUGGCUGGUCCUAGGAUUGCUCAUGCUACUUUGAAAGGACCAAGUGUUGUGAAGGAGAUAUGUAUUGGAAUAGUACUUGGCAUAGCUGCUGGCAGUGUCUGGAAGAUGCAUCACUGGAAUGAACAGAAAAAGGUCAGGACAUUUUAUGAUUUGCUGGAAAAAGGUGAGAUUAGUGUUAUUGCGGAGGAAAAAUAAAAAUGGUCAUGUUUUGAGGCUAGG